CGAGCGUGACGUAUAAUCUAGUGGACGGAACGGAUCAACAACAUCGAGUCAGCCACCUUGGUAGCCAACAUAGGCGAAACAUGAAACAUUUAGGCUGUUUUCUGUGCAUAUUUGCCGCUGUGUUUUAAAUAUACGUCUGACAUCUAGUUAAUUACCCCCAUUUAAAUGUAAUAGGUACAUUGUUAGUCAACUAACUAGCUUGAUAAGUUAGCCUAGCACUAAACUAGUCGCUCAUGCUAACUAGCUAGCUAGCUAAUAUCCCCAACCAUGAGCUCACCGAUGUAUUCUCCCCCUGCUAAAGAGGAGGCGGUCUGCUGGACGGAGAAAGAAGUUUUGGGGCUGAACAUGGUCGUGAAAGAGAAGAAGGAAGAAGAGGAUGUCACAGUAAAACAAGAAGUAGAGGGUGAGGCUGUUACGGUGAAAGAAGAAGAGAAAUACGUUACAGUGAAAGAAGAGGAAGACGCGUUCAGAGUGAAAGAAGAGGAAGACGCGUUCAGAGUGAAAGAGGAGGAGGAUGUUACUGUGAAAGAAGAGGAAGACACGUUCAGGGUGAAAGAGGAGGAUGAUGUUACUGUGAAAGAAGAGAAAGAGAAGGAUGCAGUUUUUGGAGUGGAGAAAGAGGGAGAGAUAACGGUCAUAUUGACAGAGGAGUCAAGAGAUCUGAUUACCACCAGAGAGAGACCAGACUCUGACAGCGGGAAGAGUUCCUCAGAGGAAACAGACCCAGAGACGCCUAACCAACACCACUGCUCCCACUGUGGAAAGAGUUUUAGGUGGUUAUGGAACCUGAAAACGCAUGAGAGAAUACAUACAGGAGAAAAGCCCUACCACUGUUCUCACUGUGGAAAGAGUUUUAGGUGGUUAGUGAGUCUGAAAACGCAUGAGAGAAUACACACAGGAGAAAAGCCCUACCACUGUUCUCACUGUGGAAAGAGUUUUAGGUGGUCAGGGAGUCUGAAAAUGCAUGAGAGAAUACACACAGGAGAAAAGCCGUAUCCCUGUUCUCACUGUGGAAAGAGUUUUAGGUGGUCAGGGAGCCUGAAAACGCAUGAGAGAAUACACACAGGAGAAAAGCCGUAUCACUGUUCUCACUGUGGAAAGAGUUUUUGGUGGUCAAGGAGUCUGAAAACGCAUGAGAGAAUACACACAGGAGAAAAACCUUUCCAAUGUUCUCACUGUGGAAAGAGUUUUAGGUGGUCAAGGAGUCUGAAAACGCAUGAGAGAAUACACACAGGAGAAAAGCCUUUCCAACAUACUAAUACACAGGAGGAGACAACAUACCACUGCUCUCAUUGUGAAAAGACAUUUUCCCAGUCAGAGGACCUGAAAACACAUGAGAGAAUAGAGAGGCUGUGUUCUGACUUAUGUUUCUGACUGAGAAUAUGUCCACGGCCAGGAUUCACAGGACCAGGGUGUCCGCUAUGGACACCUGGAAGAAAUCAGCAGCGGACAUUUCUGAAGGUUUAUCCAACAGACCUGUACAUCCAUGAAUGGAUCUCUAUAAUGUGUAACUAUUUCGGAAGGUUUAUCCAACAGACCUGUACAUCCAUGAAUGGAUCUCUAUAAUGUGUAACUAUUUCGGAAGGUUUAUCCAACAGACCUGUACAUCCAUGAAUGGAUCUCUAUAAUGUGUAACUAUUUCGGAAGGUUUAUCCAACAGACCUGUACAUCCAUGAAUGGAUCUCUAUAAUGUGUAACUAUUUCUGAAGGUUUAUUCAACAGACCUGUACAUCCAUGAAUGGAUCUCUAUAAUGUGUAACUAUUUCUGAAGGUUUAUUCAACAGACCUGUACAUCCAUGAAUGGAUCUCUAUAAUGUGUAACUAUUUCUGAUGAAUGUAUUGUGAUGUAUUGUUUAAUAGAUGUACUAUGUUAGGUAUAUUUAUCUGUGGUUUUAUUUCAACAGAUUUUACUGAUGCUAUUAGAUUGUACUAUGUUAGGUAUAUUUAUCUGUGGUUUUAUUUCAACAGAUUUUACUGAUGCAAAUAGAUUGCUGGGUGGGGGGAGUUUUAUAUAUACAGAGACUUCAGAAAGUAUUCACACUCCUUGACUGGUCCCACAUGUUGUUGUGUUACAUCCUGAAUUUAAAAUGUAUUUUUAUUUAACCAGGUAGACUAGUUGAGAACAAGUUCUCAUUUGCAAUGACACAUACAACAACACAGAGUUACACAUGGAAUAAACAAAAAUACAAUCAAUUAUACAGUAGAAAAAUCUAUAUACAGCAUGUGCAAAUAAGGUAGGAUAAGAGAGGUUAGGCAAUAAAUAGACCAUGGUGGUGAAGUAAUUACAAUAUAGCAUUUAAACACUGAAAUGGUAGGAAAUGUGAAUGUGAAUAGCAGAAGAUGAAUGUCCAAGUAGAGAUACUGGGGUUAAAUGGAUUCAUUACCCCAUAAUGUCAAAGUGGAAUUAUGUUUUUGGAAAUGUUUACAAAUUUAAUUAAAAGCCUAAAUAAGUUCA